GCUCCUUUGGCGUUACAGCUGUGCUGUGCCUUUACAUAUAAACCAGAUUAAACAGCAAAGGGAAUGCUGAAUGGAAAAGCUGUGUUAUUUCCACCUUGCAGGACUUACUGAAAUAAGCCUGGCUGUAUCAAACAUGAGAUGAAACUCCCACAGGGAGCAUUAGUCUGAGUGAUUCAUGUAAAUGCUUAAAGAAGUCUGUCUUGUUUGAGCUUCCUAGUCAAAUAAGGUGGGUAAUGGUACGCAACCAGCAGAGCCCCUCUGCUUUGGAGAGCACUGCUGACAGAGACCUGUUGUUUAUUCUUACUGGGAAGCAAGAGGAUGAGUAUUGGGUACCAACAGAUACCCCGAGUUAUGGGUAACUUUCACACGAGGAGCUGUGAGCGUCUUCUGUGGAACUGUCUAGUGCUGUGAAACGUUCUUCGUCUGCACCCUUGAUGUGAGCCAUCUGGAGGGGAAAAAUCUCAUCAACCUCUAGAAAUGCAGCCAGGUUUAUGAUCACUUUCUUUUGCAGUUGACUUUUUAAGGGAGAUAAUCUCAUCAGGAGGAGGUCUGAAGGAAAGGUCAAAAGAAAUGAGUGUGAUGAUGCGUUUGCUGCUGCUGCUCCUUCUGGUCAGCUUCGGCUCGCCUGCACCCAGGUUUUCAGAAAAAGAUAUCUGCCUCCUAGACAAUAAUAAAUUAAGAAAAAGGUUAAACCAGCUUCAAGACUUGCUUUACUUAUAUGAACUGCAACUGAAGGACAUCCUGGAGAACACUUACCACAGAACAAAAAGCGGGCUGUUCUCAGGCAACAGGAGCGUGCAGCAUGAGAUGCUCUUACCCACGACCAGUGGAAAUUUGAUAGUCUAUGACCAAGAUUGCUCCGCAGUGUAUAAUCGUCAGAAGGCCAAAACCGGCUACUACCGGAUAAGGCCCAGAGCAGACCGAGAGCCUUUCCUGGCAUACUGUGACAUGUCUGAUGGGGGGGGGUGGACCGUCAUUCAGCGGCGGAGUAACGGCAAGGAGAAUUUCAACAGGAAAUGGGAUGAUUACAAACUGGGAUUUGGGAAAUUCCAGGGCAAGAAUGAUGAAUACUGGCUGGGCAAUGACCACAUCCAUGACCUGCUCGCUAGAGGAGAGUGCUCAUUAAAGAUUGACCUGAUGGACUGGCAAGGGGAAAGACGUUAUGCAGUUUAUGAAAAUUUCCAGCUUGCAAAUGAGCAGGACAAUUACAGGUUAUGGUUUGGCACCUACUCUGGUAACGCUGGCGACGCUCUGUCUGGUGGGAGCAAUUUUGAAGAUCAGUGGUCAGCCUCUCACAGAGGGAUGCAGUUCACCACAUCUGACAAGGACCACGAUCGAUUCCUGGCAGGCAACUGUGCAUCAGAGAACAAGGGCGGUUGGUGGUUUAACAGGUGCCACGCCGUAAACCUCAAUGGAAGAUACUACAGAACAGGGAAGUACAAUGGAUCCCAUGACAAUGGCGUGGUUUGGUCUACAUGGCAUGGGAUGUGGUACUCGCUAAAAUACUCGGCCAUGAAAAUCAGGGCUCCGUUCUUUGUUGACAGCGGGAGUGGAGAUGGUGAGAACGGUCAGGGCAGCUGAAACCUGCUGCUUUGGAAAGAAAAAAGUACAGGCUGAAAAGAAUUGUGUAAAUUAAUAGCCAGCCCUCUGCUGCUGCCAAUUGACAAACCUGCACUGUGAUAACUGGAGUUGCACCUGUUUGUAUGAGCUGAAGCUAAUGCUGCAAGUUAUUUGAGCACAGCCAGCCAACAAUUUAAUGGAAAACAUAUGGAUCUUAGUCAUGGAAGAGUCACAGUUUUCUUUUUCAGUGAUUUUCAGGACUUCAUUGCUAAGCGUUUUUGAAAAGCAUUCUGGACCUUGAAUGAUCAAGAAUGUUCUUUUAGCUAUUUGUACUCUUCAAGAUCUUUCUCAUCUUGAUUUUAACUGUCCGCAGCUCAGUUACCAGAACUUAAGAACAGAAACAACAAGUUGAUGGGGAAUUGGAAUUAAUCUGGUGUGUCUUCGCUAGUGCUUUGAUCUGAAUCAGCAGAGUUUUUUUAAGCAGCUCUCCCUAUGGUUCCCAAUUGCCACACUUCAGUUGCAAAAUGCUUCUGGAGUGUGUGAAACCGAACCAGUGGAUGCACAUGCUCCAGUUGCUAACGUGCAUCCAGGCUAAGGCUAUGUCAGAGUAAACCCCCACAACGUGGACAGUGUGGACACUGGGUUUCCUUGCCAACAGCUUCCCACUGCAGAUACGCUUCUAUAGCACACCGUGAUACAUUAAAGCAGACAGAGACAGCGCUGCCAACCAGGCUUAAGCCCCAGGUGAAAAUUAGGCAGAUUUUACUACAUUUAAGACAAGCACAAAUAUUCUUAGGAGUUCAUAUAAUGCAGUCAUGAUUCAUUUGUACAUUCUCGUGGAGUGAGGGGAAUCAGUAAGUGGAAAGUGGUUGAACUGUAAGGCACACUGACUUCAUUGUCUCAUUGGAGUGAAAGAAAGAGCAACACAAAUGACUGACAGAAGUGGAAUACUGAAAAUUUAUUUUCCACAAGUUUUUAAUAACAACUAUUAAAAAUGAACAGUAAUAUUAGCUUGAUGUAAAUCAUUUAACUACCAUGUUGCAGAAUGAGCCUUUUUUUAAAAAAAUAAUAUUUACAAUCAUGUAUUAAACUGGUAGUUAUUUUCCAUUUACUUGCUUUCAGAUCCAUACAUAUUGUAAUUUGUAUUAUAUAUCCAUAAAGGGUGAAAUAAAACCAUCUGAGUAGGA